UUCUCCAGCGGCACGAGAGUUCGAGGCUUGGAACACACAGAACCAGCGGCAGCUUGAAGAUAGUGCAAUAUUUAGUGUAACAAUGCUGGCUCGGUUUAUUCUAUCUCGGAAAUAUGGCACUGGUAUUGCAAUUUCCGCCAAUUCUCAGAUUGCUCAGUAUGCUCGGCUUGGCCAAAUUGAGAAAGCCCGAAGGGUGUUUGAUCAAAUGCACGAUAAAAAUAUUGUGUCUUGGAACUCAAUGGUGGGAGGUUACUUCCAAAGCAAUCAGCCCGGAGAAGCCCGGAGGUUGUUUGAUAAAAUGCAGGAGCGGAACACAGUUUCUUGGAACGGUUUGAUAUCUGGGUAUGUCAAGAAUGGGAUGAUUAGUGAGGCUAGGAAAGUGUUUGAUUCAAUGCCCGAAAGGAAUAUUGUUUCGUGGACGUCGAUGGUUCGAGGGUACGUGCAAGAGGGUAUGAUUUCAGAGGCUGAAUCACUUUUCUGGGAAAUGCCUGAAAAGAAUGUUGUUUCGUGGACAGUAAUGUUGGGUGGCCUGAUUCAAGAGGGUAGGAUUGAUGAUGCCCGUAGGCUUUAUGAUAUGAUGCCCGACAAGGAUGUCGUGGCAAGGACUAAUAUGAUUGGUGGGUAUUUUCAGGUUGGGCGUUUGGCUGAAGCACGUGAGAUUUUUGAUGAGAUGCCACGUAGGAAUGUUGUUUCAUGGACUAUGAUGGUAUCUGGGUAUGUGCAUAACCAACAAGUAGAUAUUGCUAGAAAGCUUUUUGAAGUGAUGCCAGAGAAAAAUGAGGUGUCUUGGACAGCAAUGCUGAUAGGUUACACUCAGUGUGGACGGAUCAUAGAGGCCUCAAAGCUUUUUAAAGCAAUGCCUAUUAAGUCAGUUGUUGCUUGUAAUGCCAUGAUACUUGGGUACGGUCAAAAUGGAGAGGUAGCUAAAGCAAGGGAAGUUUUUGAUAAUAUGAGAGAUAGGGAUGAUCGGACAUGGAGUGCGAUGAUUAAAGUUUACGAACGGAAAGGUUUUGAAUUGGAAGCCCUUGACUUGUUUGCUUUGAUGCAAAGAGAAGAUGUAAGGCCGAAUUUCCCUUCUUUGAUAAGUGUUCUAUCUGUUUGUGGCAGCUUGGCGAAUCUUGAUUAUGGUAGACAGAUUCAUACCCAGUUGGUGAGGAACCAGUUUGAUCUUGAUGUAUAUGUUGCUUCAGUAUUGAUGACAAUGUAUGUUAAAUGUGGCAACCUUGUGAAGGCAAAACAGGUGUUUGACAGGUUUUCUGCAAAGGAUAUUGUUAUGUGGAACUCAAUGAUCACUGGUUAUGCCCAACAUGGUUUAGGAGGUAAAGCUCUACAAGUGUUUGAUGAGAUGUGCUCUUUGAGCAUAGCAGCAGAUGAAAUCACCUUUGUUGGAGUUCUUUCAGCGUGUAGCUACAGUGGCAAUGUAGAAAAAGGUCUUGAGAUUUUUGAAACGAUGAAAUCAAAGUACCAGGUGGAACCAGGAACUGCACAUUUUGCAUGUAUGGUUGAUCUGCUUGGUCGAGCAGGGCAAGUAAAGGAGGCAAUGGAUUUAAUUAAUAGGAUGCCAGUGGUAGCAGAUGCAAUUGUUUGGGGUGCCUUAUUAGGUGCAUGUAGACAGCACAUGAAAAUGGACUUGGCGGAAGUUGCAGCAAAGAAACUUACAGAGCUUGAGCCUGAUAAAGCAGGACCUUACGUCUUGCUAUCAAAUAUUUAUGCAUCCCAGGGUAGAUGGCAUGAUGUUGCAGACGUGAGGGAAAACAUGAGAGCCAGAAGUCUUCGCAAGUCACCUGGCUGUAGCUGGAUUUUGGUGGAGAAAAAUGUACAUAUGUUUACUGGGGGAGAGAGCACGGGACACCCAGAACAUGAGAUGAUUAUGAGAGAGUUAGAGAGACUGGGUGUAUUAUUAAGAGAAGCUGGUUACUGCCCUGAUGGGAGCUUUGUAUUGCAUGAUGUAGAAGAAGAAGAGAAGGCACACAGCUUGGGUUAUCAUAGUGAGAAAUUGGCCAUAGUAUAUGGGCUCCUCAAGGUGCCAAAUGGGAUGCCAAUUCGUGUGAUGAAGAACCUUCGGGUUUGUGGGGAUUGCCAUUCUGCAAUUAAAUUAAUAGCUAAAGUUACGCAGAGAGAGAUUGUUUUGAGGGAUGCUAACAGAUUUCAUCAUUUUAAGGAUGGUGUGUGUUCUUGUGGAGACUAUUGGUGAUUCCAAACUUGUGGGGAUACAUCCUGGGACGGUCUGGUUUGAGACAGGAAUUGUGCCUACCGGAGUUAAUUGACCAGGACAGAAAUUGAUACUUCCAGACAAUGACACCUAUGUAUAGAACCAUGAGGAGAACUUGCUAUAACUUUGUUGGUACAUGGGGAGAACUUCCAAAUACGAUAACUUGUAUGCACUGGCAAUCCAAAAAAGCUUGUAAAAUUCAAAGUGUAAGGCCUACAAUGAUGGUUCUGGAAUUGAAAUGAUUUUGAAGUACUUAUGCUUGUGUGAAAAUGGCAUGGGGUGAAAAUUUUCUCGUGUGGAGGGCUGGAACUUGACAUGAAUGAUAGUGAGCUCAGCCAAGGAAGGCAAACAUAGAGCUUUUGUUGCCCUGAAGUUCAUUAAGAAAGACAGAAGGGAAAGAUGAGGCAUGAAAAGCGCGUUGCUUGCUGGACUGUUUAUAUAAUUGACAAAGACUGUAGAAGUCGUUGGUGGAGAAGGGAAGGAACACACGCAUUGACAAAAAUACCCAUUGGGAACUCUGCAUAUUUUGACUCGCAGGGUCGAAAUCUGCGUUGGAAAGCAGUAGUAGAAUGGUCAAUUGGGCUAUUGGGUGCGGUUGGCAGAAUAUUGGGCUGCGUCAUCCCCACAACGUAAUGUUUCCACCAACCAUGUGGUGAGCGAAGCAAUUAUGACAUGUGAUAGUGCGUCUUUUUCCCGUCGGCCUUGAUUCCCCUUGCUGUACUUGAUCUUUUUCUGAUUACGAUAUUGGAACUGGGGUGUUGAGUUGUCACUCAAUAAGUUAUCGAUGUCGAAUUCAUCAUUGGUGGCAGUUGAAUUUAAGACAUCAUAUUCAUAACGCUUCACCGUAGUGUGGUCAUUUAGUAAGAUAGGAUUAGGAUUUGAAAUGAAUCUACACUCAUUUCAGGACAAAUUAAAGGCAGUAGUGACUGAUUUCACAUUUGGAGAUCAUAAGAGAUUUAGACAUUAUGAAAACUCAUUCCUUCCAAUCCUACCACUUUAGAGAUGAUCUUUCUUUUGGUGCCCAUUGAAUUGUUGACCCGGUGGAUCUUAUGUGAACACAAAGCCACUAGGCUAUGCAAAGACCGGCGUCAUUUUGGAAAGACCUUUUUCAAUCACGGGCUGCUACACGCCCGUGAAGAU